AUGGCGGAUCAGCUCACCGAUGACCAGAUCUCAGAGUUCAAGGAAGCGUUUAGCCUCUUCGAUAAGGAUGGAGAUGGUUGCAUCACCACCAAGGAGCUCGGAACCGUGAUGAGGUCUCUGGGGCAAAACCCAACAGAAGCCGAGCUGCAAGACAUGAUCAACGAGGUUGACGCAGACGGGAACGGGACCAUUGACUUCCCGGAGUUCCUGAACCUGAUGGCGAGGAAAAUGAAGGACACUGAUUCAGAGGAAGAGCUCAAGGAAGCCUUCAGGGUGUUUGAUAAAGACCAGAACGGUUUCAUAUCUGCAGCAGAGCUUCGACAUGUGAUGACAAACCUCGGUGAGAAGCUUAGCGAUGAGGAAGUUGAUGAGAUGAUCCGCGAGGCUGAUGUUGACGGAGACGGUCAGAUCAACUAUGAUGAGUUCGUUAAAGUCAUGAUGGCUAAGUGA